UGGUCUUACCUCUUGAUCAACUUAUUGCACCAAGUACGAAUCGAAGAAAACUGCAAAUUCCAAGACCCCAAAAUAGGUUUGUAUUAGAUAGAAGGAAUUUAAAUGCAGUUAUUAAUAAAAGAAAUGUAAAAAGCAAUUUUAACUUUAUUUCAAAAGAAGCAGCCGAAAAUUGGUCAAAUGAAAGUAAUGAGAUUAAACAACUUUACGAACUAUUAGCAGAUUACACAAAGCAAGUCCAUAAUUUGGUGUAUCCCCAUUACAGUUAUAAGCCAAAGCAUAAGAAUUGUUUUAAAUUACAAUCAUUUCCUCAAGUUAAGGUUGGCUCUCGAAAAAAAAUUCAUGUUCACCCAGUUCUGUCUCCUCCUAUUUUUAAUGUUAAUAGAAAGUUAACAAACUAUGAUAAAAGUGUAUGG